AUGGAUACCGUUUCGUUCAGAACGCUGGCUCUUGCGGCCCUGUUCCUCUCUGCUGCAGAGUCACAAGUCUUUCUGGCCGAUCCUGACGGCACCUCUCGCUCCAUUGACGCACCCGAUACUGUGUCGAGUGGCUGCAAGACCACCUUUGGCACGUCGGUCAAAUGCGAUGCGACCUUGUCCUCCAUCGCUUUUGACGGCUUCGAGCCUACCAGCGACGUCCUCACCAGCGUCUGCAAGGAUGAUUGUUUGACCUCGCUUAAGAGCUUACAAUCGAGCCAAAAGGACGCUUGCCAGACUGAUGCCACGACGCUCAAUGGCAUCCGCUAUCCUGCCACGUACAUGACCGACUCGCUGCUCUUCGCGUACAGCUACAUUUGUCUCAAAGACAAUUCAAACCAGUUCUGCGCUCCCCAGGUAGACCAGUGGGCCGCCGCGAAUGGCUCUGCAUCGGACGGAUGCAAGGACUGCGUGUUGCGUACCUUCCAGGCAGAGCUCAACUCCCCCCUCGGCUAUGACGCCGACCUAUCCAGCUACUACAGCUCGUUGACCUCGUCAUGCGGCGUCACCAGCUACCCGGUCACCUCUCCUGCGCCUUAUACGCUACCCGCCAACAGCACCGCCACCUCCUCCGGUAGCCCGACGCCCAGCAGCGCGGCUUGCGCCUCGCACUACACCGUCAAGGCGGGCGACGACUGCGACAGCGUCAGCACGGCGCUGAGCGUAUCCACAUCGAUGCUACAGUACCAGAACAGCAUCGCGGCCGACUGCAGCAACUUUCCCAAGCCGGGCACGGAUCUCUGUGUCCCGGCAACCUGCAAACUGUACACGCUGCAGGCCAACGACACGUGCUUUGGGAUCUCUCAGGCGCACAAUGGCUCUUUUUCGGCCACGCAGGUAAUAUCGUGGAAUCCCCGCGUCAACAGGGACUGCAGCAAUCUUGAGGUCUUGGUGGGCACGCACCUGUGCAUCAGCGCGCCGGGAGAUACGUCUCCGCCAGAUCCUACCACAAUCCCCACGACGACAGCGACGCCGACCACCGUGCCAACUGACGUCGUCGACGGCACCAACCACUACUGCGGCAAGUUCUACAAGGUUUCUCCAGGCGAUACUUGCGGCUCCGUCACGGUCAUGAUGAGCAUCAGCUUAAAGGACUUUUACUUCUUGAACCCUGAAGUGAACAACCCCAACUGCACCAACCUGCUGCUCGGCUACUCGUACUGCGUGAAGCCCGUGGGUGACAUUGGCGCCUAUCCUGGAUACGGUGGUAUCGUCAAUCCUUGCGUCAACCAGAUUCCUCUCCCCGCAAGCUGUGUUGAAACUGGCUCCGUGAGCACAGUCUCCCGCUGGGAGUUUCCAACCGCGGCGCCAAACAGAACCGACCCGGACACUCUACCUCUUGCCGCCGGAACAAAGGAGGGAUGUGCCACAUAUGUCACCUAUCUUGACGGUGCCAGAAACGGCUCGUCUGUCAACGCAUGUUACUCUGUGGCCAGUGUCUUCGGAACCAACAUUACGGACUUCGUCUCUUGGAACCCGUCGCUAAAGUACGACGAGAACAACCCCCAGAAUUGUGUCUUGACAAAGGGAUUCCGCUACUGCGCGCAAGUUACAGUCGCGUCUCCCACCAGUACCCCGGCCACGACCACGACUACUUCCCCCAGCGUCACAACGCCCACGCCUACCCAAGAUGGAAUGGUCAAGAACUGUAACAAGUUCUACAAGGUCAAGAGCGGUGAUGGCUGCUACAACAUUGCGGAUAGUAAUGGAGUCGCCUUGAGCGAUCUCUACUCGUGGAACCCUGCGCUCAAGGGAGACUGCUCUGGGUUGUUUCCAGAUUACUACCUCUGCGUUGGCGUAACUUCUAGCUCAAGCGGCACACCUACCACCACCCCCACCACUACGACCACUCCUCCUGGCACCACUCCUUCACCUGUGCAGGAUGGCAUGGUAAAGAACUGUGACAAGUUUUACAAGGUCAAGUCGGGCGACGGCUGUUAUGAUAUUGCAUCAAGCAAUGGUAUCGCAUUAGACGACCUCUACUCGUGGAACCCAGCCCUCGAGAGUGACUGCAGCGGCCUCUUCCCCGACUACUACAUUUGUGUCGGCCACCAGUCGGCCACGCCUACCACCACCCCGCCACCAAGCAACGGGACGCCUACACCAACACAGGACGGCAUGGUGUCUGGCUGCAACAGCUUCUAUAAAGUAAAAAGCGGCGACGGCUGCUAUGACAUUGCUCACGACCACAGCAUUGCCAUCUCUGAUCUUUAUUCGUGGAACCCGGCCCUCAAGGGCGACUGCAGCGGCCUCUUCCCCGACUACUACCUCUGCGUCGGCCGUGCCGGAACGCCUACCACGAGCACGCCUCCGGCCAACGCGACGCCUACGCCUGUGCAAGAUGGCAUGGUCAAGAACUGCAAGAAGUUCUACCAGGUCAAGUCGGGAGACGGCUGCUACAACCUUGCUCAGAGCAACAAUAUCGCCUUGAAUGACUUUUACUCGUGGAACCCGGCUGUCAAGAGCGACUGCAGUGGACUCUUUCCCAACUACUACGUUUGCGUAGGAAUAUAA